UGUGGAGAAUAUUGAGGAGGUUAGACUGCUAUGUAAUAUUUAUACGAGGCUGCGUUUUGCUGUGGUUAUUUAACCGUAGGCCUAAACUGAUCGAGAGGUGGUAUGAUAGAAGCCAUUACAAACCUGAUCAUACCGUUUCUUUCAUAGGAGAAACACAUGACCAUAUGAUGUGACAUUUUUCCUCAGAAAGCAUUGUAUUAUAUAAGGAAUAUUUAGCCACUAUGUUUAGCAGAUUGAGAAACAACAUAAAAUCACCUCUCUUGUUGCGUCCCGGAGAAAAAGCCAAGGGAAGUUUUGCUACUAAUAAAGAGAAAUGGCUUACCGUCAUUCUGAUAAUUCUCGUGAUCUGUGUUCUCGGAUUAGUAAUUGCUGUAAUCAUUCUUGCCAUACCAAAAGAUGAACACGCGAAAGGAGAAAAACCAUGUUUGACAGAGAAGUGUUUAAAAGUUGCGGUCACCAUGAUGAAUAAAAUAGAUAACAAUAUCAAGCCUUGUGAUGAUUUUUGGAAAUAUGCCUGCGGUGAUUAUAUCAAAAGACACCCGGUGUUCCCAUUUGAAAAUGAUACCAUAUAUAGCAGCUUUCAGGAAAUUAUGACAAAAACGAAUAGAAGACAAUUGGUACUGCUUACCGAGGAGAACACUAACGAUACAAUUUCUUCUGUGAAAAAGAUCAAGAAAUUUUUCAAGACGUGUAUAGAUCCAGAUAUGAGUGAGAACAAAACUGUAGAACAAGCCAUGUGGAGAGCCAUAGAAUUCGGUGGAAUACCUAUCGUUACUGGUAACAUGGACGAAAACGUUACUAGAAUAGAGUUAAUUACUAAUUUUGCAAAGUAUUUCGCUUCGGUUUCAUUUCUUACAUUGGACCCCAAUAGAAAUUUUCAUACUGGCGACGGAAAUAUGCUUUACUUGAGUUUAGUACAGACUUAUGACACAGAAACUGUUCUUAAGUACAUUGAGAGUAUUGCGAAUCAAACGAACCAAACUGAUAGUUAUAACCUAACUGAGAUCACAAGUUUUAUGGAGACUUACAAAGAGUUGGCCGACUCAUCAGCUUCAGUAAUAGACGCCAAGGCAAUUACGGAGACAAAACCACGAAAUCUUUCGGUAAUUUUGAAAAAUUUCCCUAACUUCGACCUAGAAAGCUACAUAAAUGGUAUUUUAAGCAUAGGCGAUACGAAAGUGGAGAAUGAUAGUGCAAUUGUAAUACUUGGCGAAGAACAAUUUCAGAAUCUUACACGUCUUCUUUCUGAAACAUCACUACAAACCUUGCUUAACAUCAUGUCUACAUCAUUGUUUAUAGAAAUGCAAAGCAUAAUAGAACCUAGUUUGGCACGCACUAAAUUACACGGUGAUAAGCUAAAAACAGAAAAAACACGCGCUAAUCAUUGUCUGAAAUUAUGCACUACCUACGCACCAAGAGUCAUCGGAAGAAUGUAUGUGGACAAAUAUUUUCCAAAGGAAAAUAGAAAAAAGAGUAAUGAAAUCGCUGACUAUAUGGGUAAAGCCUUAAUUACUGUAUUGGAGAAAAAUGAUUGGUUGGAUGAGCAGAGUAAGGAGCAAGUUCUAGGUAAAGCAAAGGAAUUACUAAAACGUAAAAGCAUUGGCUACGACCUAAAAUUGACAAGUGAUGAAUUUCUGGAGAAGAGAUUCGAAAAUGUACUUGUGAACGACAACUUGUAUGAUAACAACUUCGAAUACAAAAGAGCCUUUUUGAGGAGUAAAAUGAAGUUAUUUAGUGAAACGGAUUUAGAAGAUUCGGCUAUUAUCAACACAUUUGAUGUGAACGCUGUAUACAAUUCAAUGUUUAACACAGUGUCUAUACCAGCAGCCAUGUUGCAGCCACCCAUGUUCGAUAUGGAUGUCGCUGAGGAAAUAAAUUUUGGCGGUAUUGGCACAAUAAUUGGUCACGAGAUGAUGCAUGCAUUUGACACUUCUGGUAUAAAAUAUGACGGAAAAGGAAAUCUUCGCAAUAUAUUAACGAACAAUUCACAAGCAAAAUUUGACGAACGAGCAAAACAACUCAUUGACGCAUAUUCUAAUUUCCUGAUGCCAAGAGUAAAUGAGACUGUCAACGGUUCUUUGACAAUUGGUGAAAAUAUUGCUGACGUCAGUGGUAUGAAGGUUUCAUAUUUGGCUUAUAACAUGUGGUUAUCUGAUAAAAAGUCGAAAAAUGGUACCUUUCCCAACCUUAGUUUGAGCCGUGAGCAAUUAUUCUUCACCGCUUUUAGUCAGAUUUGGUGUGAGAUUAGAAGUAAUGAUAUGUUAAAAACACAACUGAAAACAGAUGUUCAUUCACCGGCAAAAGCAAGAACCAUGGUAACGUUACAGAAUUUUAAAUGGUUUUCGCAUGAAUACCACUGUACUCCAGAUUCUAAGAUGAAUCCAUCGAAGAAAAUUGAAAUAUGGUGAAAUAACGAAGGAAAUAUGACAAUUUAAUGAUUUAACAAUUUAAUGACUAAAUAUUUAAACUAACCUCGUACAUUUUGAGGACGGUUUGAAUUUUACUUUCCUUAACUCAAGAAGCAAUAAUUAUCGCUUAUAAUGUUUUUACUGGUAUUGUCAUUGUUGUUGUUAUUGUUACUAUUAUCAUUAUUACUAUUGUUGUUAUUGUUAUUAUUAUUAUCAUUAUUAUUAUUAUCAUUAUUAUUGUUAUCAUUAUUAUUAGUACAUGGCAAGUUAAUUUGCGAAAAUAAUAAGCAAUAUACUUUUACACCUAAAUGAAUUACGUAUCCAAGAAAAAAUAAUAUAACAUAAAUUGGAUACAACAUAAUUGUUCAAUAAAAAUAUACUUCUUUUUACAUUA